AUGACAACAACCAAAUAUCUGGUUCGCAUCAAUCGCGUCCCCACCGCGGACGCGACGACUAGAGUAUCUGGUUUUUCUGAAUUCAAGUUCGGAGAUUCUGCCAGUGAUGGGGACGUCGACCACUACGAGUCUUUCCUCAACAACCUCGUCCAGAGUGAGCGCAAUUUGCGCUGGGCCAUCGACUAAUGUACCGCAUGCGGUACAUUAGUAUCGACUGCCGCGUCGAAAUCAACAUCAAUGUGCCCUCAAGCCUGCUGUGCGCUUCUUCCUCGCGCCGGCCGUGCAUCACCUACCAAAACGAAAAACAUGUUGCGUAUCGUAGCAGUG